AUGCGGCCAUGCUCAUUGCUCAUGUGCACAGUGCACUUGUCCUAACCUCUCGUGCCUCUUUGAGAUACGCUUGGAUUUGUAUAUUUUAUUAUUUUCAAUAGUUAUCAAAUUAUUUAGGGAUGGGUAAGCAUAAGCGGCAGCGACUGAAGCCUCACAAGGAAAAUCCCACUGGAUUACCGUCUGUUCAGGAGUUCGAGUUAAAUGAAGAACUUACGGAAGGAGACAGGGGCAAGAUUUUGCAAAACGUUUACGAUGAUAUACAGUCGUGUAAUCUCGAAGAGAAAUUAUCUGCUCUGCAAAUAUUGGCCUCAAUGUCUUGCGAUUUUUCUAUGGCCAAGCAAAUCGCUAAGGAUGGAAUAGCAAAAAUAAUUGGUCCACUGUUGAUGGAUCAUAAUGUCGCUAUACGAGCGAAUACCGCACACACUUUGCGGGAAAUUGCUGAAAAUGGUAGUGAGGAAGUGUGCAAUGAUUUAAUUAGAGAUGACAUUAUAACUCCACUCACUGCAUUACUGAGACAAUACUAUUCAGACUGGAAGCCUAAACAAGCUGUGGACGAAAAAACGACUUUUAUUCAAGCAGUAAACUUGUUGCGGACGUUAUGCGCAAAUGAUGAGAGCGCGAUCAAGCGAGCUAAUGAAGAAGAUUUGUUAUCAUUCUUGAUAAGGUUUUUGGAUGUUGAUAUUUAUGGAACGGAGAUUGUCAGCGUUGUUAUACAAUUCAUGGUAUGCUUGACAGAGGAAAAUGACGCUGCCAUCAGUAAAAUUCAACAAAACGAAUCAGUUUUCUUUAAUCUGUUGGAUUUAAAAGUCGACGAUGAUAAGUCUGCUUUUAAAAUAAUGCUCCUGAAAACUUGUGCAACUGAGGUAUUAAUUAAUAUCUGUCAUUGUACAGACAAUACUUGGAUACAUGUAUUUCGUAAGGUGUUGCCGAUAUCUGAUAUGCUCACAACCGAUCAUAGAGAAAUGCUGUCUAGCUUAACGUCUAUCCUACCACAUGAAUCCAACGCUUCUUCGAGCGAUAAAAAGAAGAAAGUACAAAUGAAUAGAAACUUAUUGGAAAUACAGGAACAAGCUUUACAGAUCUUGGCAAAUUUGUGUAUUCAAUAUGAUGAGGACACUGCAAACAAUUCUGACACUGAUGAUUCUGAAUCAAUGGAGCUCGAAACUGAAUGUUUGGAUGAUGAUUCUAUGAAUGAAGAUUUGAAAAUAACGGCAACGCUUCCAGUAGAACUAAUUGAAAUUAUGGAAAAUUGUAGCUUAAUUGAAAAAAUUUGGGACAAGACUAAAUUUGUAGUGGAUGAAAUCAGUCAGGAAAUAUUAGAUCAAACUGAAGAAGGAAAGGCUACGUUGAAGCAAUUUUACAACAUUCAGUGUGCAGCUUAUUUAUGUUUAAACAAUUUAUUGUCCAGCAUAGAAGAGGUUGAUGUUUUUGGAGGCGUUGACAAUUUAUUUGGGAAAUGGAUAGAUAUUGCAGCAGAGUUUAAGCAGAUCAGCAAGGAUGUAAAACUUGCAGAAGCAAGUACUGCUGCCAUGAGAGCCAUUCUUCAACGUUUAGUCGAAGUACGAGCGAAUGUCGUUAAAUUAAAUCAAUUCAUUUCUAACGACAUCCAGUCUAUGUUAAAUGACGUGCUGUCAUUUCAAUGUGUCAGUACGGAUGUCCGCGUUAAUAUGAUAAGGAUGCUCUGUAAUCUAGCACAGAUCAUGUUGAAUAAGAAAGAUUCGAAAAAUGAUGAAGCAAUAAAGUUUGUUUCCACAUUGUUAUUGGACAUGGCAAAAACUGAAACUCAAGUAUGGGUUGUAGCAGAAUCUAUAGACGCAAUAAUGGACAUAUAUGCGGAAGACGAGACUGAUUAUUUAGCGGCAGAUAUCAAAUUGGUUCCGAGAUUGCUAUCUGUAAUGCCACAUUUUAAAAACAAGAUGCACCAACAGAAGAAACAAUUACAAGGUGGCACAGUCGUAGUAUCAACUGUAAACGCAAACUUAAAUAGGUUUAUAAAAUAUAAACAGAAACGAAUAGGAAUUAAACAAAAAUGAACGUGAUUAAACGUUGUUGUUUAUUCGAGAGAUUUCUUCGAAUUACACGGAUGAUGAACGAAAAUAGUUUUGUAACAAAUAACUUGUGAAAUAUUUUUGAAGAGCAAGAAAAGU